AUGCCUCUGGAGACCAAAGACAGACGCGCGAGCCGAGCCUGGCGCUUGACUCCUGCGGCCAACUCACCUUUGGAUGCGAACCAGCAUCGCGAGCAGCGAGCCUUCCGCUCUCGAAGCUGGGAGGAGCCUGAGACCAGUCAUCCGCGUGCAGUCUUCAACCUUUUCUGCAGCACUUGCCAUUACCUCCUGUCUGAGCAUGGCGAAAUGAUGCAGAUGAUGGCGAAUCCAUCUUCUUUUGCAUUCGCCACAAGUGAGCCUCCGCAAGGUGUUGUGAUGACGGGCAACUCAUGCAAGUCGCCGGAAAGCUGUAGUUGCAAAGUUCAGGACUUCGAGUGUGGAUGUGGAGUUCGACUCGGCUACUACUUGCUUUCGCCCUGUGAAGAGUGCCAGGAUGCCAAGACCGUGCGGAAAUGGUUCUUGUGUCCAAGAUCUGUUGAGGCCGAGCCCCACGAAGCCGAGAAUGUGGUCACCUCCCAAGAGAAACCAGCGUCGCCGUGCGUGCAGUCAUACUUGGAGGACCACCAGUUAAUGGCGGAGUUUCUAGAACGCAUCGAGGGCUUGGAGGUCUCCGAUCCGAUCCCAGGCUACCCUGCAAUGAAAUCGCAGCCUGCGCCUCCUGCACCUCCUGCACCUCCUGCGCCUCUUGCGCCGCCCGUGCCUGCGACACCUGCAUUUGCCAGACCUCAGGCUGACCCCUCAAUGUCUGCAGUUCGCACGGUGAGCGCUCGAGAGGAACAUCGCCAGGAACACUGCGAGCACCAGCACCUCGUUCCUCAAAUUCCUCAAGAAACGGCAGGGCGGCCGGAGCUGCAAUUCGGGGCAAGGCCAAGCGAGAUGGUUUCGCGCGACGUGGACUCCAAAGCAGAUAGGGCCCAAGGGGCCCAAGCGGAUGCACCGGAUACCGUGGUCCGCUUUCAGGAGGCUCGCUAUGCAGCUCUGGAGGCUCAGCUGCGCGUCUCCCAGGCUGCGGAGAGCGCAGCGCUGGCCGAAGCUCGCGCUGCGCGGGCAGCUGUGGAGAUCCAAGAGCUCGAGGACUUGGACAUAGAUUCUCUGCAAGCACUACCAGGAAGUCGGCUGGAGUUUGCUCAGCGCCUGGCCGAAAAAAGAAUGGAGUUGGAGAAGUGGCAGCAGGCGCUGCAGCAGAAAAGCCAGAGAUUGGAAGAGGUAGAGAAGAUGCUGUGCAGUACGCAGGGACGAGCCGCAAGGCCAAAGCCAGCAGAGGGAGGAGCAAGGUCCUUUCCGCAGCCUGCCACGGAGCCAUUCGGCACCGCCACGGAGCCAUUUGGCACCGCAGAGUUCGUGGAUGGUGCAAAGGCAGGUGCAAAGGCAAGCGCCCUUGCCAUUUUCGCUCUCGCCAGAGCUGGACUGGCUGCGUCACGACUUAUCAUCAACGUGGCCAAGCCCGUUCUUGGAGGUUUGAAGUCUGCUGGUAGUACUACCGUGCACUAUGUUGCUGGCUAUGUCCAGUCCUCGAUAGCGAAAGCUGCUCUUGAUGCGCAGCAGCGUGAGAUGGCGCAGGCGAUCGAGAUAUUACGCCGCAUCUAUGGGUACAACUGUGGCGACAGCGAGUCCCAGCAACUCAUGCCCGGCAAGAGUCUGGAUGCAGGUAGUCGACGCCCUCUAUCUUCCACCGGCAAAAGCAUUCUGGGAUUGACAGGACGCUCGACGCCAGCUACAGCUGCAGAUGCAGGGAAGGAGUGGAAGGAGAGCAAGCUUGCGACGCAGACCCCUUCAGCGGCCUCCAGCUCCACUUCCAAAAGCUUUGCUGUCCAAGCGGGCAGCAGUCUGGCUCAGAGACAAAGACCUCCCAGUGCAAGUGCCCCCUCGAACAUUCCAUGUGCGGAACAGGAUGUUCGGAAUGCUCUGAUGCAGAUGUUCCUGGCUUUCGAUGAAGAUGGGGAUGGGCUUCUGCAUCCAUCCGAGUUUGCCGCUGCCGUCGCGGCACUGGCAGCAACAAAAGAGCAAGGACAGGCGUGCUUCGCGAGCCCAGUCGUGACGGGAGAGCGGGUGGGAAGUGCAGACUUUGUGACCAAAAUGAUGGCCAUAAUCCCGGCCCUACGCCUUUCCACAGCCGAAGUGGUUCAGCACAUCAAAAGCUGCAUUGCGGCAAGGCCCAGCAACUUUGAGAAGUCCGUGAGCGAUCUCCGGCAUGCCCUUGUUCGAAACGUAUCCGGUUUGCCAGACGAAUCGACCCCGAAGCCUUUGUGGAGGACAUCUACAGGCAGAGGUGCUUUCGCCUUGCCUCCUGGCGUUGGCAGCGGGCCGUUGAUUGCUCGAAUGGCUUUCAAAGUUAUGCAGUACAUGGGCAUGCGGACAGAAGAUACCACGAUUAUGGAUGGUGGGCUGGUUGCACGAGUGGCAGGUCACCGGCAGACAUUCAAGCAGCUUCUGGACAGGGCUGGCGAGAUCUCGGGCGCUCAAGUGCUAGCAUCUGCUGGUGCCGGUGGGAAAUCGGUGGACCUGUAUCUCAUGAAGUCGCCCGGAGAGGUGUUUCAUGUCUGCCUGAUAAACCUUCAGCUGAGCUCUGGGCCGGAGCCUGUCGUUCAAGGGAUCGGCGGCUUCGAUGUCGGCCCAGUUGAGUCGGUCACCAUUCCCAAGGAGCUCUGGUCUGAGAUGUGCCCUGACCUCUGCAGGUCUAAGGAAUCUGCCCAAGAUAAGGGCCCUGUCGAGUUGCAUCGAAAGUUAUCUCAGGGCGAGAUCGACUGGCAGAACGCACGGCUCGUGCUCAAGGCCACGCCAAUCGCAAGCCAUGUCUUUCGCAUCCGGUUCAAGCUGGUAGCUAAUGAACCCAGCAGCAAUUACAUUGUUUUGAUCCCCAAACUCAGGACCAUAAGUGAAGGACACGCCAGGUACGCCUCACGCACAGUGUCGGUUCAAGGUGUGCCUGACAGCUCGACGACCGAGUUUGGGAGUUUUGUGCUUGUCAACCUGCGUGGGGAUCAGCUCGAAAGCGUUUCCGUGAAGCACGAGUUCGUGAACCAACAAGUGCGGAUAGUUGACACUAAGCAGGUGGGUGAGGACAAGCUGCCCGACCUGCCCGUACCGGUCCUGUCGCCCGAGGAGCGGGCAUCCUGCCUGUCCUGCAACGGCCAGGAGCUGCGUUCGCUGCUUUCAGGCCAGGGGUUGGGACGUUUGAGUGGGGAACGCGACGUCGCGUACGCGAUGCGGCUUGGCCGUUGGCUACGUAGCUGCAACUAUGACGUUGCGCUGACGGAUGCUGAGCUCAAGCGACUUCCGACCCUCAUCUGGGAGACGAAGCGUGGUGACUGCUCAGCUUUCAAUGUGGGGUUCGUUUUUGCAUUGCGCGCGCACCAGAUCCCAGCUCGCGUCUCACUGGGCUUCAAGUAUGGGCAGGCCGUGCUAGAUGCCUGCGGGUCAGUGGUCGCUCCACAUGCUCAAAGUGAAUUUUUCGCUGAGGGAGUUGGCUGGAUUCCUUGUGAUGCCACUGCGGGACUGCAUCGCCUGGGACAUGAAGCCACCGGCAUGCUGUCCUUCCUUGAGUUUCGGCCGGCCAGCCUCAGUGUAGCAGACUUGGAGGAUCUAAGGAAGGUGCUUGGGCCAAUUGCCGCCACAGAGGCAAACGACGAGGAUCCUGCUUACAGAAAAGAGGUUCUGCUGGCCGCCGGACUCGAGAGACAUGGCGGACAGGGUCUUCCAGCAGAGCUGACCAGACUCUGCAUGGCCUAUUCCCUGGGAAGCUUCAGAGACCUGCGGGCUGGUGACCCACUGACAGACUGUGCACGGGCUGGUGCCAAGAUGUUUGAAGGUGGGCCCUUUCGUGGGCAGCCGUUGAAGCUGAGCCAGCUGAACGAGAACAUGCUAAUUCCAGCUGAGAUUGAUGCUGUGAUGGAUCAUUUGCAUGCCCGACCUCGUGCUGAAGACUGGUCGAAGAUGUGGCCUUAUGGUGUCAUAUCUUGCAGCUAUGAGUUUGAGGAGAAGCAGCUGUAG